CACAUACACAAGCACAAGCGCACUCUAGCAAUGGCUUCUGAGGUUGUCCGCCCUAGCGACGCCGAGCUACUAAAGGCACAAGCCGACAUAUGGCGGCUCAGCCUCUCCUACCUCACGCCCCUGUCACUGAGGUGCGCCGUGGAGCUUGGCAUCCCUACGGCGAUCUACCGCCAUGGCGGGGCUGCCUCAGCCGCUGAGCUGGUCACGGCGCUGUCUCUCCCCUCCACUAAGCUGCCGUUCCUCCGCCGCCUGCUGCGGCUCCUCGCCGCGUCGGGCGUGUUCACCGUCGACAAGCAGAGCUCGGAGGAGGAGCGGUACCGCAUCAGCCCCGUGUCCUACCUCCUGGUGGACGGCAUCCCUCACGAGGACCACAUGAACCACACCGCUCUGGUGCUCACCUGCACCUCGACGCGCUACAUCGAGGCGGGGAUAGGGCUGGCGGAGUGGUUCAAGAGGGACGUGGUCACGUCACCGUUCGAGGAGCUGCACGGGGCGACUCUGUUCCACGAGAGCAUGGGGAGCCUCGACGCAGAUUUCCACGACAUGGCGAGCGAGGCCUUGGACGCCCACGACAACUUCGGCAUCGAGAUAGCUAUGCGGGAGUUCAGGGACUUGUUCGAGGGGAUCCAGUCCAUGACCUACUGCUGCGGUAACUUCGGUGAUGACAAGGGUGCCAGGGCCAUUGUCAAAGCCUUCCCACACAUAAAAUGCACUGUGCUGGCCCCUCCCAAGAUCAUUGCCACCAAACCGGCCGAUGGAGCGAUGAUAAACUAUGUCGAAGGUGACAUGUUCAGUUUCAUUCCACCUGCUCAAACUGUCGUGCUAAAGCUUGUGCUGCACCACCUGACCGAUGAGGAGUGCGUCAAGCUCCUGGCUCAAUGCCGGAAGGCGAUUCCUUCACGGAAGGAUGGCGGGAAAGUUAUAAUCGGUGAUAUUAUGAUUGACCACUCUGGGCCUAUGCUGGAAACUCACCUCCUGAUGGACAUCGGCAUGAUGACCAUGACAAAAGGACGGCAGAGAGAUGAAAAAGAAUGGAGCGAGCUCUUCACCAAAGCAGGGUUCAGCGAAUACAAGAUCCUGAAGGAAUUUGGAGCUCGUGUUGCCUUCGAAGUCUAUCCGUGAGAUUGCACCUGGACUAUACAUAUAUAUUUACAUACAUAUAUGUAUGUGUGUGGGUGCCUUGCGUGGCUUGGCGUGAUGAUGUCAUAAAUAAAGAGGGUGGGUGUGCUUGCGGUAUUCAUGGAUGGCCAUGGAUCUGAGCACAUGACGUUGGAUGCUUUCUUAAGGCUCUCGUGGAUCUUCUAUAUUUGGAAGAAGCUGUAAAAUAAUAUAUCGCCAUCUAGUGUUGGCGUUGGCUUGUAUGUACUUUGUACCUGCUUUGUUAUUUUGUGUAAUAUCGAGUAACCUAAUGUAUACUUGCUUACUACUAUCACUACCG